AUGGGGAAGUCAAGGUGUUUCAUGGACAUUAGCAUUGGAGGUGAGCUUGAAGGAAGGUUAGUUAUCGAGCUUUACGACGACGUCGUCCCCAAAACCGCCGAGAAUUUCCGAUCUCUUUGCACCGGCGAGAAAGGCAUAGGUCCCAAUACCGGCGUCCCUCUCCACUACAAGGGGAAUCGGUUCCAUCGUGUAAUCAAGGGGUUUAUGAUUCAAGGUGGGGACAUUUCAGCUAAUGAUGGCACUGGUGGUGAAUCAAUCUACGGAUUGAAGUUUGAAGAUGAGAACUUUGAGCUGAAGCAUGAGAGGAAAGGGAUGUUAUCUAUGGCUAACUCUGGCCCCAACACUAAUGGCUCCCAGUUUUUCAUCACGACGGCUCGGACUUCUCAUCUGGAUGGGAAACAUGUGGUCUUUGGGAAGGUUACGAAAGGAAUGGGAGUGGUUCGGUCGAUUGAGAAUGUUACCACUGAGGAGCAGGCUUGUCCUUCUCAGGAUGUUGUGAUUCAUGACUGUGGAGAGAUUCCUGAGGGUGAAGAUGAUGGGAUUUGUAACUUCUUCAACGACGGCGAUUUGUACCCUGACUGGCCUCUUGAUCUGAAUGAGAGCCCUGCAGAGUUGUCUUGGUGGAUGGAGACUGUUGAUUUUGUCAAGGCUAGUGGGAAUGAGCACUUCAAGAAACAAGACUACAAGAUGGCUCUUAAAAAGUACCGCAAGGCUUUGCGCUAUCUCGAUGUUUGCUGGGAGAAAGAGGGCAUUGAUCAAGAGACAAGUAGUGCCUUGCGUAUGACAAAGUCGCAGAUCUUCACUAAUAGUGCUGCCUGCAAGCUGAAAUUCGGAGAUGCAAAGGGAGCAUUGUUGGACACUGAGUUUGCUAUGCGUGAUGAAGAUAACAAUGUUAAAGCAUUGUUUCGACAAGGCCAGGCAUACAUGGCUCUCAAUAAUGUCGACGCUGCUGCUGAAAGCCUUGAGAAAGCUCUUAAAUUCGAACCUAACGAUGCUGGUCUCAAGAAAGAAUAUGCUGCUGUAAUGAAAAAGAUUGCCAUAAGAGACAAUGAAGAGAAGAAGCAGUACCGCAAAAUGUUCGUAUAG